AUGGUCGAGAUUAGACCAUCUGGCCGAUCUUGUGUGCUUUGGUCCGCAACACUGUCAACAACCCUAAUUUCCUUUGAGACAUUAGGGAUUUGGACAAGAUUUUUGUUCUUGUCCAAGGUUCUUUGUGACUUUCUCCGGAACAUGACCCAUAUUGAUAGGAUCCCGAGAAUAAGAACUAUAAAUGCUCCAACGGAUAUGCCGAUCAGAACCCAUAGUUUUAUUCCACCAUAUUUCUUUGAUAGCGCAGUUUUUAGACUUCCAGAAGACAUGUUACACAAGCUUGAAAGCGAAGGCAAAACUCUGCUGCGUCUUAUCGAAAUCAAACAGCAGCUUAACCAGUGCCAGAAUGUGACCAGUUACUACUUACUACCACAAGACACAAAAACAUAUUCGGUUUUGUAA